ACGAGUUUAUUGUGUGUCGAUCAUUGUGAUUUCAACUGUAGAGGUUGACAGUAAUGGUUGUCAUUUGAGCUUUCCAAAUACUGGUUGAUGUAUGAAGUUUUAAACGCUUUUGUUACGUCUGACUAUAUUUACACAACGCAGACACUGCUGUUUAUUUUCUAAUGUGACAGCGUAGUAUAGUAAAUAUAUAUCGUCAUGGGGUUGAACGAUAAGCAAAACAAUGCUGAUGGGAAAGACCCGGAUUUUGGAGCAAUCUUUAUGUCAAAUAGUGAGACUAAAAGAGAAUGCUUCGAAAGGGGACUAUUUGGCCUCCCAUCAACUGAAAUCCAGUUUGUAGAGCAGGUUAAAGCUGGAAUGAUUCUAUUCUUAUAUGAAUAUGAGAAGAGACAACUUCAUGGUGUGUUCAACGCUUCCUGUGAUGGAGGUAUCAAUAUUGUGCCUGGUGCAUUUGCGAAACUGGGGAAGCAAUUUCCUGCUCAGGUUAAGUUUGAUAUAAUUUGGUUCUGUAAGCCACUCCCAGAAAAAUUAUUCCGUGAUGCAAUCAGAGAAAAUUACUUUUCAGCUAACAAGUUUAACUUUGGGCUAUCUGAAAAUCAGGUCUAUAAACUUAUAUAUUUGUUCAGCAAGAGAAAGCUGGAACCAGAGCUCCCUGGGAGACCAUUGUCCAGAACCGAAUACUUGAAAUCAGAAAGGUACCCUUUAGGCAAUUUUAGAAGAUCUGUCGAUCAUGGAAUGCAAAUUGAAAGAGGUCAAAGUGGGCAAGGUUUGGGUGAUAACAUAUCACCUGUCAUAAUGCAUAAACACCAAGGCGAUUCUUUUGAUUACAAUGGUAAAGUUGAAUAUACUGGAUUAAAUGCAAGUGAUAUUAAGCGAGGAAGGGCUGCUCAGUUUGCUGCAGUGGAUAAUGCAAGUGAGUAUGUUUGUGACUAUUCAGGAUUAAAAGAUGAAAGUAGGUUUAUUGCAUAUGAGAAUGAGGAUUAUAUGGAUACCUGUCACAGGCCAAACACAAAUGGAAGGUACCCCAAAAGUCUAUGUGAUAAAAUUAGAAUUCAUGGUGAGGCAAGCUUAUCAAUUAAUGAUAGGCUCAUGGGUAAUUCCCUUCCAGAGACGGAUCAGAGGAUGAUAUUUUCAAAUGAUAUUCCUGAUCAACAUAAUUCCCAUAUCAACUCAUCUGGCUUUUACAGCAAUCCUAUUUUGGAGCAUAGUUCUUUGGCUCAAAAUCAGCUUAGGCCAACUUCAACCAUGAUUCAACCAAUGCAGGUACAGCUCUUAAGUAAUACAUGUGCAAAACAAGGAAGUGCUAAUUCUAAGAGGGAAUCCCUUCUAUAUGAUCCAGAUGUUCCUGGUUUAAAUUUUACUCAGGCAUCAUCUUUUGGAGUUAUUGAUGGUUCUAAGCCAGUAAUAGAAAGGAUUACCCCUGUAAACAACUUCGGAAGGAAUUCCCUGAACAGUCAACCAUAUCUCAUCCAUAAUAAUGAGCUGAGAGAUACGAGCAGGUGGCACCCUGUUGACUUUCAAAAUUCUAUUUUGUAUAGUAGCAACAGGGAUUUCAUACCUUUAAACACGGUUCAAAAUUCUGACCAGUUGGCAGCAGAAUCUGUUGUUUCUGAGGCUUGUGAUGAUGUUCCAUCCUUAAAGUCUUUGACAUCCCCUAUCCCUCCAGAUAUUGGAAAGAGUAGCCGCAGUCUACAUGAGCCCUUUUCUUCCUUGUUCCAUAAUCACCAACCGUGGUUAGGCAACAAAUUUCAUUCCAAGACUUUGCAAGAAAACCCAAGUCAUGAGAUAACACUACAGAAAAGCAACGAAACAUUUACUCAUGAUAUUUCAUGGGCAAAUGAGGGUCAUUUCAAAGAGGAUGAUCCAAUAAUCUAUGAAUAUGAUAUUGGAUGUUAUGGUGGCACUCAAAAUAAUAAUUCUUGUUAUGCAAAGCAAAAAAGUAGUGUUUUUUCUCGAUUAUCUUUUAUGCAGGAUAUCAACGAACAAGAUGGACACAAUGAUUUCCAUACUUCAGUUGAUGAAGUGAUAAAAAGGGUUCGGCAGAGUCACAACAAGUGGAUGACAAAAAGAAAGCUCAAGCCCAAGCGCAGCAAAGCUGAAAGUUUGAAGGAUUAUACUAAAAGAAGUGGCUUGAGGACGAAGGAGGGUGAUUUCUCUGAAAACACCUUGAAUGAUCAAAUAAUGGAUUCAACUACUGCAACUGUGGGCAAUACUAUUUCCCGGGUUGCAGUAAUUUGCUCUAUUUCCUCAAAAGCAUUUUGUUUGUUCUUUUUCUGCCAAUAUUGA